AUGGCAAGACUGACUGAUGAUGCUGACUUCGAUGCCGGCGAAACGUCUGGGAAUGUACCAAGUCCACGUUCUGAUGAUGGCAAUCAUGAUAACUACUAUGAUAGAGGAUUUCGGACAAGUUGCGAUCAGGGUUUCCUAUCGUUGAUCUCCGUUCCUUCCACAUGUGUCCAGCUGCCCUCUCUACAUGUGAUUGUCAAUUCUGCCUUGCUCAACAAGCUUCUCCGUAUAACUGGCCGGUCGGGUCGUGUCCAACAUCAGUUGUGCAUGUUCAUGCAAUCAAUACCGACGUGA